GUCACUUGCAUCCGAAUAAACCUUGACUGUGUGUUAUGUCACAGUUUUAUCCAGACGAAUAAAUUUUUAUUAUGAUUAUUUGAGGUAUCAUCAUAGGACGAUACCUCAAAACCAGUAUGGCUGGUCUAAUAAAAACCUCGAUUGUCAAGUUUAUCAGCCCAAGUCAUGGGGGUAAAAUAGCAGCCUGCGCCUUCGUGCAGCACCGCAACAUCUCUGGCAAGGCUCUCCGCGACUCUAUGCCUGUGAAGCCUCAAACCAAGAAGGCCCCUUUCGACUAUGAGAACAAGGACUACACCUGGCUCCGCAGUCUCUUCGACAGGACCACCCACCGCUUCGAUGAGAACACUAAAGUGAUAGUGGUGGAGGGUCCCAUCGCGGUCGGAAAGACUAAAUUCGCCGCGGCCCUCGCUCAGGACCUGGGAAUGAAGCAUUUCCCUGAGGCUAACAUGGACCAUCACUACAUCCGGCCGAAUGGGUGCGAUCUGAGGCAGUUCGACCCCUUAAUUCCCGAGGACACGAGGACCUUCGAUCAUAAGAACUUCAAUGAGUGCCCAAAUCAUCGCUUGGCUGGGAACUUCCAGAUUAUGACAUACAUUGCUCGCUACAGCCAAUAUAUUGAUGCUUUAGUUCAUCUACUGAACACUGGUCAAGGAGUGGUGUUGGAGAGGUCUCCUUACUCCGACUUUGUGUUCCUGGAGGCUAUGUAUGCCUCGAAGUACAUCAGCAAGGGUGUCCGCUCAGUGUACUAUGAACUGAAAAAUAACACCAUUGAAGAACUGAUGAGGCCCCACCUGGUUGUCUACUUGGAUCUUCCUGUAAACCAAGUCCAGAAUGCAAUCAAGCAGCGAGGGCUGGAUUACGAGAAGAAUGGCAAGGCGCUCACGCCCGCCUUCCUCACGGAAAUGGAGCGCCAGUACAAGAACAAGUACCUCCGCGACAUAGCCACCCACGCUGAGCUGCUCGUCUAUGACUGGAGUGGUGGCGGCGAGGUGGAAGUGGUUGUCGAAGACAUCGAGCGUCUAAACUUCGAGCAAUACACUGAGCGCGAGGAACCCAAGAUGAAGGACUGGCGUCUCCCGCGCGAGGUGGAGUGGGCAGACCAGCGGAUGCUCUACACCAACCAGAAGCACUACCUCAUGAACCUGUUCAGCAUCCCCCGUCUGGACGUGCCUGAGCUCCUCACUAGCCCUGAUGACGCUUAUGAGAGGGAAAAGAUCAUCUACAACCACCCCAUGUUUGAGUACGAGGUGGGCUACAACAAGGACGACGGCAGCACGCUCACGAAGAACAAGAUGCCCAAAUACACCGAAUAUAUCUAAACGCUAUGUUUGUAGGCAAUAAACUUAUUUAAAUUAGA